AUGCGAAUUCAAUCGGAAACAAUUGAGUUGACAAAGGAUGAGAAGGGAGUCGUCGGCAUUUCUAUAGGCGGCGGUGGUCCCUAUUGCCCUUGUGUCUAUGUUGUUCAAGUGUUCGAUAAGUCACCCGCUUUUAAAGAUGGACGGAUUCGAUGUGGAGAUGAGAUAGUGGCAAUCAAUGGGAUCACAGUGAAAGGAGAACGAAAAUCAGCGGUUGCACAACUGAUUCAAGUCAGCUUGAAUCCUGUUAAGAUCACAAUAAACAAACUGGACGACGCCAACACGAAAGGAAAAACCCUAGAUAUUCUAAUCAAGAAAGUAAAACACAAAGUGGUGGAAUUCAUGGAUCAAGACUCUGCAGAUGCUCUGGGAUUAUCUCGAGCUAUUCUCACAAAUGAUCCAUUGGCUGAAAAGGAAAAAAUUCUAGAGGAAAAUUCAGAAUUCUAUAGGCAUUUGGUCGCUUAUUUUGGGGAUAUGUUUCAGUAUCAACAGAAGAUUUCCGAUUGUCAGAAAGAAUUCGGUUCGAUAUUCUGUGACCUGGCAGCCCAUGAAAAACAACAGACAGCCAACGAAGCAUUCAGUGAAUUCGGGGAUAAACACCGAAUGAUUGCCAAAAAACAAUCGGAAUCUGCAGUUCCCCUUCAGAAAAUGGUAUCAGAUCUACAAGUUUAUAUAGAUCAUGUCGUACCGGAUACUCGAUUGACAAUCAAGAAAUAUCUGGAUGUGAAGUACGAGUAUCUCUCGUAUUGUCUCAAAUUGAAGGAGUUGGAUGAUGAGGAAGUCGAGUUCAUUGCCAUUCAGGAGCCAUUGUAUCGAGUCGAGACUGGAAAUUAUGAGUAUAGAAUGAUGCUCCGUUGCCGUCAAGAAUGUCGUACCCGAUUCAUGAAGAUGCGAGAUGACGUCAUGGUUAAAAUAGAGCUACUCGAUCAGAAACAUGUCAGAGACAUUGCUCAACACCUCGCAACUUUUGCCAAGACAAUGGCCAAGUGUCAUUUGGAAUGUGCUGAAAUUCUGAAGGAUCGGAUAGAUGUUCCGAUUGAAAUCGAUUUGGAGCAGUUGAAUAUAAGUAUGACAUCGAAUGGAGGGAAGAGAGAUAUUGAAGAAGGCGAAGAGGCAGUGGUGUUGAAUGAUAAUCCAUUGGAAGGUGACUUAAUCGACGUGGAUGGAAGUGCGGAACCAAUUAUCCGAGAGUCUAGAAUUACUCUGCAGAGGAAUUCAAUCGGAGACACUUCUCAACCAUUGCUUGGAUCGGAUUCUCCAUUGGAAGAGUUGUCGCUUAUUGAUAUUAGUUAA